UUCACAACAUUAUCACUCGUUUAUCACCAUUUGAUCCACAAUAUGACCAAAGGAUUUCAAAAGAAGACCAGUAAACGUAUGUCUUGUAAAAGACGAUACAAUAUUGAGAAGAAAGUGAGACAACACAACAAAAAACUUAAGAAAGAACUCAAGAAGAAGAAUCAUCACUCAAACAAACGCAAAGAUCCUGGAGUUCCCAAUUCUUUACCAUUUAAAGAAGCAGUCAUUCGAGAGGCACAACAAGAUAAACAAAGAGAUGAAGAAAGAAGACAAUUGGUUAGGAAUCAACGUAAAGAUGGUCAACAACAGAAACGGGAGGAACAGCUCAUGAAAAAGAGAGGAUUAACUGAUUUGAUUAGUGAUGCAGAACUAAGAGGCAAACAAUUUGAGUCAAAAACAAAUGAAAUAAUUAAAGACAAUAUCGAAGCUAAUUAUGAGAAGAGUUCUAAUUUGAAGACUUAUUAUAAGGAGUUUCAUAAAGUGAUUGAAGCUUCAGAUGUUAUUAUUGAAGUACUUGAUGCUCGCGAUCCGAUCGGUAGUCGUUGUCCACAAGUUGAGGAACAGGUGAUCAAGAAUGGGGCCAAUAAACGACUUAUAUUGUUAUUAAACAAAGUGGAUCUCAUUCCAAGAGCUAACUUACAGAAAUGGUUACAAUAUUUGCGGAAUGAGUUGCCGACAGUAGCUUUCAAGGCUUGCACUCAAAAACAAAACUCAAACCUUAGUAGAAGUAAUGUUAAUGUUUUGGUCAGUUCUGAUGAGUUGUUAUCUUCGAGUAAGUGUUUGGGUGCAGACAUACUCAUGAAGUUAUUGAGUAAUUAUUGUCGAAAUAAAGACAUCAAAAUAACUAUAACUGUUGGUAUCGUUGGGUUUCCCAAUGUUGGCAAAUCCAGUGUUAUUAAUAGUCUUAAACGUUGUCACUCUUGCAAUGUUGGCCCGACUCCAGGUGUGACUAAAUCUAUGCAAUUGGUUUCUUUGGAUAAACACAUAAAACUUCUGGAUAGUCCGGGAAUCAUAUUUGCCAACAAUUCACAAACAAAUGAAAUAUCAUCGCUAAUGGCUUUAAGAAAUGCAAUUAAUGUGGACUCAAUGUCAGAUCCCAUAUCACCAAUAGAGACACUAUUGAAAAGAGUCAAUCAUCAAGAAUUGAUUUUAUUUUAUCGUUUACCCGCUUUUCAAGAUGUUAACCAAUUCUUGACACUCUUAGCUAAACGUUUUGGUAAACUAAAAAAAGGAGGUCUUCUCGAUAUUGAAGGCGCCGCCAGAAAAGUACUCAACGACUGGAAUAUCGGGAAAAUAAAAUAUUAUACGAUUCCUCCGGAAACCAAUUCACUCUCCUUUCAUAUAAGCGCUCAAAUAGUGUCUCAAAUGAGUCAAGAAUUUAAUAUAAAUGAACACAUUUUUGAUGAAGAAAUGAAUGAAAUAAAUAAAAUAAUUCCACAAAAUGUGAACCAAACUCAAGCACUUGUUGUCGAAUCGUUUGGUUUUACUUCAUCUCAAAUAGAAUCGAAUGAUAAUGAAGAUAAUGUUGACGUUAUGGAUCAAACUGAAAGUGUGGAUCAAUCUGUUUCCAGUUUGAGACAAACAAAGAUUGUUAUUCCUAAAGAGAAAAAGUCUGAAGACGUGCAGAUGCAAGACAUGGAUCUAAUGAAAGGAAUGCAAUUAAAUAAACAAAAGAAAGUUAUGUUUAAAAAAAUUAAGAAAAAUAGGAAACGAAAACAAAAGGCCGAGAAAAAGCUUUCAAAGAAUUUGGAGUCAAAUCUAUCGUUAGAUUUUGAAACUAAUUUAUAAAAUAAUAUUUUAUUCUUUAUUAGAUUUAUAACUAAAU